AUGCUUCUAUUGCUUGGAACAAUAGCUAUCGCGAUCUCCUUUGCCAGUACAUGUCGAGCAUCUUUUUCACAAAACUACUCAUCCAUUAAUAUCCAACAAUCUAAAAUAUCGUUCACAAGUGAUCGCCCUGAAAACUGUCCACCAUGCUUCAAUUGCCUUUUACCGGCGUUCUCAUGUGGGCAAUAUUCAUCUUGUAAUCAGUACAAUGGCAUAUGUUCAUGCCCGCCAGGAUUUGGCGGUGAUGACUGUCUUUCACCAGUGUGUGGCUCUUUGGCAAGGGGAACAGAUAGGCCAAUGCGACAAGGAGAUUACUGUGAAUGUGAUGACGGAUGGACAGGUAUAAACUGUAAUGUCUGCAAAGAUGAUAAAGCUUGUGAUGCAUUGAUGCCUACCAAAGAGGGUGGAGUAUGCUAUCAAAACGGGGAAGUUGUACACGAGAAUUUUCAAAUGUGUGACGUUACCAACUCAAAAAUCGUCGAAAUUUUAAACGGAAGAAGACCUCAAGUUACCUUUACCUGCAACAAAGACGAUAAAACAUGCGACUUCCAGUUUUGGGUUGAACACAAAGAAUCUUUCUAUUGUGGAUUGGAAAAUUGCACCUCUAAAGCGGAUAAUAGCUAUCUACAAAACAGUACAAGUUAUGAAUGUGAUAAAGUCAGAUGUAGCUGUAUACCUGGUCAAAUGUUAUGUGGAGAGAACGGCUCAGUCGAUAUUUCAGAUUUCUUAACUAACCUCAUCAGAGGGCCUGCAACCUUUUCUUGUCAGCAAGCACGAGGCCAGACAAGUCAGUGCAUGUUCAAAGAGCCAGAAAUGAAUGGCUUGAUUCAGACAAUGUUUGGUGACGAUAGUAUACAUAUUGAUUGCCAAUCUGGCGAGUGUCUCUACAAAACAGACGUUCCCGGCUACGAAAGACCUGUCAAAAAGAUAAACACGCCUCUGAUAGCUGGUGUUAUUGCCACAUGCUCCUUAUUUCUCAUGUCUGUGGUCAUUGUUGUAUGGUAUCUUGCACGAUCUAAAAUGGCAUAUGGGCAUAUAUACUUGGACGAAUCGGAUGACGAAAACUCCAAACUUAUGGUUGACCACAAACCUGCCUCGCUUUACUUUGACAACGUGUCUUACAAGCUAGGCGGCAAACGUAUUCUCACAGGAAUAAAGGGCAUAGCUCAUCCAGGCGAGAUUCUUGCUGUUAUGGGUGCAUCUGGUGCCGGUAAGACGACUUUUCUGGAUAUCAUUGCGCGAAAAAAUAAGAGGGGGAUUGUUGAAGGGAAUUUUUAUGUGAAUGGCGAGAAGGUCAAUGAUUCAGAUUAUCAAAGUUUCACAGGUUUUGUAGACCAAGAGGAUGCCAUGCUCUCAACUCUGACAGUUCAUGAAACAAUUAUGAAUAGUGCUCUUCUCCGCCUACCACGGGACAUGGGAAUUUCAGCGAAAGAACAACGUGUCUUUGAAGUUGAAAAGCAGCUUGGCAUAUUUUCUAUUCGAGAUACUUUAAUUGGAUCCGAAGAGGGCAAAGGUCGGGGAAUAUCUGGCGGCGAAAAAAGAAGAGUCGGGAUUGCUUGUGAACUCGUUACAAGUCCCAGUAUUCUUUUCCUUGACGAACCUACUAGCGGACUUGACGCUUACAAUGCAUUCAAUGUUGUAGAAUGCCUCGUAACGCUGGCCAAAACUUACAAAAGGACAGUAAUAUUCACCAUUCAUCAGCCGAGAUCGAAUAUAGUGGCUCUCUUUGAUAGGUUACUUCUCCUUGCAAAAGGAAAAACUGUAUACUCUGGAGAAUUUAGUCGCUGCCAGCAAUUUUUUGAUGACUUAGGCUUUUCUUGUCCACCUGGGUUCAAUAUCGCUGAUUAUUUGGUUGACCUGACUAUGCAUAUAACUAAACAGUCGCCUUUUCCGCAGUCUAUGGCUACAGAAAUUGAGCCCGAGGCUAUUUCUAGCCCGACUCCAAGCAGCACAAAGGCUAUUAAAUCCAUAGCGAGCGUCUCUGGUACAUCUAUUAAUGAAAGCUUCAUAGGAAGUUUGGGCGAUACAUCUCUUAGAUCUCAAGGAAAACAGAAAGAUACCGUAAAGUUAAGACAAGAGAGAGAGCUAUUCGGUCGUAGGAAACCCGGACUCUCAAUGCAGAUAGAAGAGAAUUUGGAAACUCAACCAAUUCGGCUCUCUAGGCAGAAUCCUAACCCUCAAAACCAUUCUGCUCUUGAAGACCUGGAGCCUCUACUAGCAUCUUCUUUUGACAAGACCGAAUUUGAGAGUCUUAUCUCGGCAUUCGAGGAGUCUGAAAUUUCUAAAGAUAUUGAUCAUGAGAUAGAAACUUCUAUUUCAAAUGCCCGAAAUUUAAAUGAUGCAGCCGAUGUAUCAUCUCAUAACUCUAGGCUAGGAAAUGAAACAAUUAACGUAGGUGCCCUAGGGAGAGGCUAUGCUAGAAUUGGAUACAUACGUCAAUUCAUUAUCUUAUCCGAAAGAACAUGGAAGAACCUCUACCGGAACCCAAUGCUUAUGCUUAUGCACUAUGCGAUAGCAAUUUUAUUAGCAGUCCUCUCCGGAUUUCUAUUCUACGGAUUAACCGAUGAUAUUCCUGGCUUUCAAAAUCGGCUAGGACUAUUUUUUUUUAUUUUGGCACUCUUUGGGUUUAGUACUUUAUCAAGCUUGAACGUCUUCUCGACAGAACGGAUUAUAUUCAUCCGCGAAAGAGCUAAUGGGUAUUACUCACCGGUGACUUACUUUGCGGCAAAAGUGUUGUUCGACUUAAUUCCUCUUCGUAUCAUCCCACCUAUAAUCAUGGGAUCCAUUGUGUAUCCAAUGACUGGGCUGGUUCCCGAUGCCAACCACUUCUUCAAAUUCCUUCUUGUUCUCGUGCUCUUCAACCUCGCAGCAUGCGGGAUCUGUUUAUUUAUAGGAAUCACAUGCAAAGAUAGUGGAGUUGCGAAUCUGGUAGGGAGUUUAGUCAUGUUAUUCAGUCUACUUUUUGCCGGCUUACUUCUCAACCAUGACGCUAUCCCAAAGUCAGCAUUAUGGCUUCAAUCGUUAUCGAUUUUUCACUACGGGUUUGAAUCACUUAUUGUGAAUGAAGUUACAUAUCUAACGCUGACUGACCACAAGUAUGGCCUUGAUAUUACUGUGCCAGGAGCUGUAAUACUUAGUUCAUUUGGUUUUAACACACAGGCUCUAUGGUCUGAUGUAUUCAAAUUAGGCUUGUUCGCUGCGUCGUUCAUAAUACUAGCCUUCAUGGCUAUGCAUUUUAUGCUGAUUGAGAGACGAUAG